AUGCCGAAACAUCCCUCUUCACCAUCACAAUCGCAAUCACACUCCCUUUCCCCGCCAGCACUUGACCAACAACAGUCGUAUCCUCACUUCGAAUUCGCUUCCAACUCUCAUUCAAACUUUCGUAACGGUUCACAAUAUCCACAACAACAUGAAGACAAUUCGUACUCGCCAUCUCAAACCACAUCAGCUUCAAGAUCAGGCUUGAAUUCUACUUCGAGACACGAUGCAGACACAGCCACAGCCACUGGAUCCAAGAACGUCGAUACGCGUACUGGAAAGAGAAGAUACGCGGCAUCGUGUGAGGCUUGUAGGCGCAGGAAGAGGAGAUGCGAUGGAAAGGGAGAGAAUGGAGAGAGUCUGUGUAAGUUUUGUCCUCAGGCGGGGAUUGCGUGUGUGUUCCCAAGGUCCGGAGAAGCUUCGAGGCUCGAAAGUGCCAUCACUACGGCAGAAGCUUCACAGUCUUUCAUUGAACAACUCGCGAGCGCCGGAGACGAUGACCGAGAGCGGAUGCUCAUGGAGUGGAUGAAGCAGCGUGAUGAUGGCGAGGUCAAAAAGCCUAUUGUGUCGACGAGGAAGCGCAGAAAGUUGGUGAAGAAGGAGGAAGUCGAGGAGGACAAGUUGGCUGAGGGCAACAGUCUGCCUGAGCCUAGUGCAGAGUCCACGAAGACCUCAAAUAUCAUCACCGUCUUUGACCGAGCAGCAGACGAGGAUUCGUCCGUCAAGGAGACCGCUGCUCUACGCCAGGAUGUACUCAAUCGACUGCUUGCGGUCGCCGUCGAUAGCUUUUCGGAAUUCCGUAUUCCUACCUUAGCGGAAAGCCAGUUGAUGAUGGAGAGCUACUUCUGCUGGCAGAAUCCUCGCUACGAGGUGAUCUAUCGACCUGCUUUCGAAGAAAGCCUCCAUACUAGCGAACCCACGUUCUGCAACGACUUCCUUCUGUGGUGUAUCUACUCCCAAGCGUCGAGACAUAUACCAGAGAUGCGAGAUCGGCUGCAUGAGUUUGCGGCGAGAGCCCAUUUACUCCUGGCGGUCGAGCUCAGCAGGCCAAGCGCGAUCGCGACCGUUCAAGGCGUGGGUCAUGGCCGGCGCUAUGCAUUCCGAAUGAUCGAAGACCUUGGAUGGGAGCGUCCAAAUCGCAGCUAUGAAGGCCUACCAGAGAAGCUACGGACGGCCGAAUUAUGCACAUAUUGGGCGGCAUAUACAUGGGACAAGACCCUGUCGCUGUCCCUCGCCAAAAGGCCUACCUUGAGGCCGAAAGAAAAGCCCCCACUCCCUCCUGUCGAGGAUGGAGCAACCUUGUGGAGACCCUUUUACUCGGAAGUGCAGUGGGCUGAGUUUACGACAAAGCAGUACCCUGGUGCCCAAGCGUCGUUCGAGAUGAGAUGCUUCCGAUAUUCCUGCUCACUCUACCAGUUCCUCGACGAAGUCCUCGAACAUGUUUAUUCCAUCAAAGAAUCUCGCCUUCUUCAAGCUCGCGAUUUUGUCCUCAGCAUGCGAGAUCGCAUGACAGCGUGGCAAGCCCAGGUACCCGUCGAAAUCCUCCUUGACGCAGAUAACCUUCCACCAGUGUCGCCACCAGCGCACGUCAUACAGUUCAACCUUUUGAUCCACACGAUCUGGAUCCUGCUUUAUCGUCCCUUCGCCCAAACCGGCUCUCUCGCCGUCCCAUACGCCGCCACAGCAUGCCGCAAGUCUGCCCAAGAUAUCGCCGCCUGCCUCCGCCUCUUCAAGAAUUCAUUCCCCGUCGCACGGUCUGCCUACCUGUUCGUCUAUGCUGCGCUAUGCUCCGCCACCAUCGACAUGGGCGACAUCAUCAGCGCAAGUCAGAGUCAAGCCGUCGUUGGUGGCGAGAAGGAUGGCGCGAAGGGCUCUGCCAAGAAAGGUACGAGGAGGGUUAAGGGGCGAAGUGAUGGGAGAUGGGGUGGAAAGAGGGCCGAGAAAGCCACGGAGAGACUGGAGACAACGUUGCCCAUUUUGGCGCAUGGGAUCAGGUUAAAAAUUCCGGGAGCACCGAAAAUGGUGGGGGCGUUGAUGCAGAUGCUAGAGAGCGCGAACGCGUUACAACAGCAGGAGGAACCAGAUGCGGACGAGAUCAGGCUGCAGCCUCCACCCAUGGCACCUGCCCCGUCUCAUGCCUCUGUAGCUGGCCCAUCACACGCUCCAGCGAUGGGCCCACGGCGUUCUGUGGUCGAAUAUACCUCCUCGGCUGCCGCUUUACCUUCCGUACAUGCUGCUCCGGCACCCAUCCCGCCUUACCUGGGUGGUGCGUUACCGCCCAGCCGGAUGCAUUCAAAAAGUGCAGAUGCGACUCCCUACGGCGGCAUCCCGGCCGGCACGAACGUUUAUCAGCACCAGCCUCCCCCUGAGCAGGGCAUUCCAAGGCCUCCGCUCCCCGCCUCUACGACGUUUCUGGAUGAAUUUUUCUCGUCGUUCAUGCCUAUGGACACCAGUGCUGACAGUCAUCCUAUGUCAGCGAGCACGUCGUUCUCGGCGUGGCCUAGCGCUGGCGGCCUGGACUUCUUUGCGCUCCCCAACCCACUCCCAUCGCCCUCGAACUCAGAUCACCUUAGCUCGACUUCGGCGCCACAGAUAGUUCCUGGUCAUCCGAUACUCACCCCGCAGGAGCAGAUUCGGGUGCAUAACAAUCAAAAACGUCAGUUUCCCAUGGGUACGGAGACGGUGGGCGGGGGCAAGGGCCGAGUGCGGGCUCAUACGGGAGAGGAGGUAGUGGGAUCAGGGGAAUACGGUGCACAUCACUGUUCGACGUCGCCUUGUAACAUAUUGUACCAAUAUUGA